AUGAGUCUGAAGGUGGAGCAGGAGAAGAAGUCCUGGGAAGAGGCUGUGGAGCACUGCAGAGAGAGUUACACUGAUCUCACCAGCCUGCUCUCCAAGACCGAGGUCCAACUGGCCCUAGACCAUUUGAGGCGCCACAAAAUCACUGAGACGGUGUGGAUCGGUCUGCGUUACCUGGGAGACCUCUGGCUGUGGGUGAAUGGCGACCCUCUGGUGUACACCGCCUGGUCCCAAAACAGGGAUACGACGUGCCCAGUGUUGAAUCGCUGUGGAGCUCUAACCGAAGAUGGACUCUGGGAAGAGAGGGACUGCCUGGAAAAACUCAAGUUCAUCUGCAUCUGA